UGGAUUGCUUUUGUUUGUUUGUUUGACUGUAUCGGGACUUAGCUGCUGAUUGAUGCGGUUCUGAUGAAUGUAUAUGUACAUUGAAAACUCUCUUCAUGAUCAGCGUUGUCGCCUCAUUCUCUGUGCUGUGGCACCUCGGAGUUGCUCUGAUGAGUGGUCUCACAGAAUUCUUUGGGUUAUCAAUAAGACUGCAUGCAGUUCUUCAGUUGUGCAGAGCAGUGCUGAAUCAACUUGUAGAAGAGACACCAUUAAACAGCAGUCAGGUUGAAGAUGUUAAAAGAAUUGACAAAAAAUUAUUGAUCUUCCCCUGGUUUGGAAGAAUGAAUACUACUUAUGAAAGAAGUAGUGUUCAAUAUGGGUGUAAACAGCAAGAUAACCUAACUACUGCACAGUUUAACUCAACCAUAUUCAACCAAAUAGAAAUUACCAGCAAAGGACCUUCCAAGUCUCCAAUUACAUUAGAAGAUCAUUCUACACAAUGUACUGAGUGGAACUGCAGCCAGCAUUAUCUGAACAAAUUUAACCAAGAUCAUUUUGAGCAUCAUCAUGAGCGUGUGGCUAUCAAUCAUUUCAGCUGUCAUUGUAUGAUUCCAAAACAUUCAAUAUCUCCAUCAGAAUGGAACAAGAUGAUGACUAAUGGAGAAGAUCACAAUUCUACUGAUAGCGAAGAGUGGGAAGACUCGGAGGAAGAUUCUGAAAUAGUAUGUAGCAGUGAUGAUUCACUUAGUGAUGUGAGUGAUCAAGAACUGAAUGAAGUGCCCUGGAAAUCUUCCUUCAUUGCAGACCUUGAUAAUCCUUUGAACUUCACAGCUUGUCUUAGCAGCUCUCCUACAAAAAUGAAAGCAAGUUUGGAUUUGAAUACACAGGGUUUACUAGAAUGUGAGAGUGGAAGAAAAAGCUUAAUCAAAGUAAAAUUCUCAACUUUACAAAAACCAGUAUUACCACAAAUACAUUUUAGACACUACUGUAUACCUGACACUGGAGAAAAUAUCAGAUUUUGUACAAGGGAAGUGUCAGCAAAAUCUGUAAAAGGAGAGGACAACAAAGUGGAAAAACCAUCUGUUAAGAAGGUCAGAUUUUCUUCUUUUGUUGAAGUUCACAAAAUGGUCACAUGGUCCUUUGCAUCAAGGGAAGCACGCAGAGGCCAAUGGAUGCAGAUAGCUCUCGACAGGAUGAGAUUUCUGGACAGAAUUCAGGCUACAGAGGAGGCUAUUAGUUACUGUUUACAGACCAAUCACAGGAACAAAAUACUGGAAAGAAAUUCACAGCUAUUUUAGAUUUGAGGAAUCCUUACCUGUACUUAGUCCCCAAAAUACUUCAUGGGUAUACUCUAAGUGACAGUUAAGCACAUGAUUUGCUGGUUACAGUACUGAGUAGGAAUGACCCGGACCAUUCAGUACAGUGAGAUUUGCAUUAAUCAUAUUUCUACAUAAAACUUGAAUUUAUGUCAUAUAGACCACAAUUUCAUUAAGUAUUUGUUCAGGGCCACAAAACUCAGUACGUGUAUGAUACUCUGGAAUACAUUUAUGGUCCAGCUGAAUUUCUGCAGAUUUGUCUGUUUGGGGAGGCAUUUCUGCUCAACUGGUAUGGGUGCAUAGGAAGGGAGCAUGAAGUGAUGGUCAUUACUUGGGUAAGUUGGCAAAUCCUGUAUUUUUAAUUAAACCACUUAAUUAUGGUAAAGAACACAGACAGCAUUAUCUUGUUUGAAUAGUAAGGGAUGGAAAGAAAAUGAUAGCGAAUCCUGAAUUAAAUUGCAACAAUUGCAGAUGUUAAAAAAGAAGUGGGUAGCUGAGCACUGUUGUACAGGCAACAAACUCUCCAGUUGUUUUGGUCCAUGUAUGAUUGAUGCAGAGCAAUGACCUUAUAUCAAAUUGGCAGUCCAAUUAUAAUAUAGUAAAACUUUUGAACAGUCUAUUCAACAUAAUGCCAUGGCGAAUAUUGAAGUAAGUGUUAGUGAUUGUUGCUUUUGCUUUUUUGCUACUCAAUCUUACUGAAACAAAUUGCCUGUGGAAGAAUAAAUUAAGUAUCUGAAGAUCAUGUUGCAGUGGUAGGCCCCAUUCUCUGAUUCAGGUGGCUUGGUUGCAACACCAAUCUGCUUUAAAGCUGUGUAGUACUAUCUAUGAGCAAGUUGAUUUUGAAAAUGUUUGCUUAAAUGAAGUGCUGUUACGGGUGCCUCCUAAGAUAUGAAUUGGUUGUUUUCUCCAUACUUUGAGUUCCUGGUUUUGUUGCAGUAGUCAUUGAAACAAAACCGCUCUGAAUCUGCAUCUUUUCAAGCAGACCAGCAGGAGAUUGUGCUUGAACUGUUGGCUGAAGUCACUUAGUACUACCUGUACAGAUCACUGUUGUUGAUCUCUACAGAUUGUUCAUAGCCAUUUGAGGAAAUUUCUGCACUUGAAGUUCAAGUUUCUGUAGGCAGUAGGUGCUUAUAAUGGUGCACUGAGUCCGUGGCAGCAGAACUUCAAAUUAGUGCACAACCACUCUGACUAAAAUAGCUUUGGCACACAAAGGUAGCAUUGGAAGAUUUGGGUAAAAAUAUCUCAUGGUGUUUUAUGUGGUCAUAAUCAAAUCUGAGU